GUGUGUGUGUGUGUGUGUGUGCACAUCUGGCUUAGAGGACCAGGCAUGGCACCGCCUCCUUUUCCUGCUGGCCUUGAAUGGAGUCCCGGGAAGCCACCCAGUCCCUGUACCCAUUCCUCCCGACCCUCCCCGAGGAGGCCACACAGUCCUGAGCGGGCCAGGAAGGACCCUCCACCAGGGACUUGGUGGCCUCUUCCUCCCCUGGCCUCAGUCUGUGUAUCUGGAGCCUAGCAGGGCCAUGGACACCUUCAGCGCCCGCAACCUGGCCCUGCAGACGCAGAAGAAACUUCUGAGCAAGAUGGCCUCUAAGACCAUGGCCACGGCGCUCCUGGACGAGGCGAGUGGCGAGGUGCUGGACGAGCUGUACCGCGCCACCAAGGAGUUCACGCGCAGUCGCAAGGAGGCACAGAAGGUGAUCAAGAACUUGGUCAAGGUGGCCGUGAAGCUGGCCGUGCUGCUGCGGGCCGGGCAGCUGGCGGCUGACGAGCUGGCGCUGCUGCGGCGCUUCCGGCAGAAGGCGCGCAGCCUGGCGCUCACGGCCAUCAGCUUCCAGCAGGUGGACUUCACCUUCGACCGCCGCGUGCUGGCCGCGGGCCUGCUCGACUGUCGGGACCUGCUGCUGCAGGCGGCCGGGCCGCACCUCACGGCCAAGUCGCACGGUCGCAUCCAGCAUGCCUUCCGCCACCUGGCCGACGGCGACUUCCUGGCCGCACUCUACGGCCCGGCCGAACCCUACCACUCACACCUGCGCCGCAUCUGUGAUGCCCUUGGCCGCUUGCUGGACCAGGACGGUAUCUGAGUGUGGGGGACGCUGCACGCCCCGGCCUGGCGUGGGGGCAGGUGC